AUGCAGCUGAGGCACAAAGAGCACUGUGGUGCUUUAUUUUCAGAUUCCACCAAGGAGGCAAAGUCCCGUGGUCACCACAAAGUUGUUAACAAGAGUAGCUCCAGCAAAUCUGAUGUCCACACUAUUAUUGCAGAUCAUAUAUUCUCUGUUGAUGAACAUGCUGACACACGCCAAGAUUAUGCUAACAAUCAGCAGAAUUUGAAAACAAAGUAUCAGGCCUUUAAUUGCAAACUUGGCUCCACUGGUUUAGGCUUUUGCUACAAUGAUAUUGAGCCAGAAACUCAUGCCUGGAAUCUGAUCAGAGGAUCUGCACGGCUGGUGGAGGGAGAUACCCUCCAUCAACAUACUGGCCAUCUCAUCAUCCCCAGUAUAGACCCUCCUCCAGCAUCUACUUGUACAGACCCUGCAGUGUCUGCUCUCGACCAGAAUGUGCUGCAGUUUAUGCAAUAUGAUGCUGCCCUGGAGGUGCAUCCGGGAUAUGUGCGCAGCCCUGCUGACACAACUCUACAACAAGUGCUGAACCAGAUCCCCCCUCUUUCUGUAACGGACAACUCCUCGCUUGAUAUGCCAAGCCUUAAGGAGGACUCAAAACCACACAGUGUUGGGUCUGUGUUCAGGACCAGGGGUUCUAGUGCUGACUCAGAUUCUGACACCACCGGCUUCUCAUCCUUCCCCCCAGGUCCAUCUGGCCUCUACCUCGUCAGCAUUCACCCGCCCCCCCCACCCAGAAGACUUCUAGCAAGCAUGGGCACUCAAGAAGGCCAACAGUUCCUUGUGCUACUCAAAGGUAGCAACAUCAUCAAACACCAGAAGCUCAACCUCAAGGUCAAGGUCCUAAGUGAUUGGGAGGUUGAGCAAGAGCAUAAAUGGGAAACGCAAUGUGAACACUAUGAAUCGGAGCAGAGUCUUGCACAGGCUUGUGUUGAGGAGGCCCGCAUCAAGCUUGAGACGGUGAAAAUUCAGUUGGCAAUGCAUACAAACUAUAUGAUUACACAAGAAACAAGACAUGUAUUUAAGUUGGAGCUCUGUCCAGAGCUCUUAAGAUUGGACCCAUAA